AUGGGUGAUGAGUCGCAACCUCAGCGAACCCUGUGGAGCGAUGCAGAAAGAAAAUGCUUUUACUUGCUUCAAAGGAAGAACAAGAGCAUCACCAUUCUCCUCCAAGUUCAUGCCUUUAUGCUCCGAAACUCUAUCCACAACAACCUCAACCUUCUCACCAAGUUCAUCACUACCUGCGCUUCCCUCGCUGCCUCUGCUUCUGCUUCCCGCCCCAACAACGCUGUUGCCAUAGUUCAACACGCUCGUCGCUUCUUCGACCACAGCGCCACCCACAAGCGCGAUGAGUUCCUAUGCAACUCCAUGAUCAAUACCCACUUCGCCAUUCGCCAGUUCGUUGAGCCUUUCACCCUCUACAGGGACCUUUGCAGGGGAAAAACCACUGCUUUCACACCUGGUGGCUACACCUUCACCGCCCUUGCAAAGGGUUGCACCGCCUGCAUGGCCACCGGAGAAGGCCUACAGGUUCAUGGGGUCGUUGUAAAAAAUGGGUUUUGCUUAGAUUUGUAUGUGGCUACUUCGUUGGUUGAUAUGUAUGUUAAGUUUGGAGUUGUGGGUAGUGCGCGGAAAGUGUUUGAUGAAAUGUCUGAGAGAAGCAGAGUAUCGUGGACAGCGAUUAUUGUCGGGUAUGCUAGGUGUGGUGAUGUGAGUGAGGCCAGGAAGCUUUUUGAUGAGAUGCCUGAUAGGGAUGCUGCUGCUUUUAAUGCUAUGAUUGAUGGGUAUGUGAAGUUGGGGUGUAUGGGUUAUGCUCAGGAUUUGUUUGACAAGAUGACUGAUAAGAAUGUAAUUUCUUGGACUAGUAUGAUUUCUGGGUAUUGCCAUAAUGGUGAUGUUGGAUCUGCUAGGUUGAUGUUUGAUCUUAUGCCUGAAAAGAACUUGUUUACUUGGAAUGCAAUGAUUGGGGGCUAUUGCCAAAAUAAACGACCCCAUGAGGCAUUGAAGUUGUAUCAUGAAAUGCAGUCGAGUGCGUCCGUGGAACCAAAUGAAGUGACUGUUGUGAGUGUUCUUCCUGCUAUAGCUGAUUUGGGUGCUUUGGAUUUGGGCCGUUGGGUUCACAAGUUUGCCCAAAGGAAGAAGCUUGAUGGAUCUGUUCGUGUCUGUACUGCCCUGAUUGAUAUGUAUGCAAAAUGUGGUGAAAUUAAUAAAGCAAAAUUGCUUUUUGAGGAGAUGCCUGAAAAAGAAAUAGCUUCCUGGAAUGCUUUGAUAAAUGGUUUUGCAGUCAAUGGCUGUGCAAAGGAAGCGUUGGAGGUAUUUGCAAUGAUGAUACAGGAAGGGUUUAAACCAAAUGAGAUAACAAUGAUUGGUGCAUUAUCUGCUUGCAACCAUUGUGGUUUGGUAGAGGAAGGAAGACAAUGCUUCAAAGCAAUGGAGAAGUUUGGAAUUGUACCUCAGGUUGAGCAUUAUGGUUGUAUGGUUGACCUUCUAGGAAGGGCUGGAUGCUUAGAUGAGGCUGAAAAAUUGAUUCAGACCAUGCCUUACAAUCCUAAUGGGAUAAUACUGAGUUCUUUUUUAUUUGCUUGUGGUUACUUCAAAGAUGUUUCAAGGGCUGAAAGAGUGCUAAAAGAGGCGGUGAAAAUGGAGAAGGAAUGUGUUGGAGACUAUGUGAUGUUGAGAAAUCUGUAUGCUACAGAACAAAGGUGGACAGAUGUGGAGGAUGUUAAACAAAUGAUGAAGAAAAGAGAAUCAAGUAAAGAGGUUGCUUGCAGUGUUGUUGAGGUUGAUGGUAGCUUUAGAGAGUUUGUGGCUGGUGAUUACUUGCAUUCGUAUAGGGAGGUUAUUCAGUUAACCUUGGAGCAGUUAUGGAAGCACAUGAAUGUUGAAAUAAUAUAUUGAAUUUUGAAACACGAGAGUUGAAAGAGGGAGGGGUCUAGAGGAAGUGAAAAUUGGAAAAAUUACAAGAACAUGUGUAUUUCUGUAUCCCUUUAAAAUUUUAGGUCCAUUCAAGAUCAUGGCUCCUAACUCAACCAGAAAUCUUUGGUCAUAGACUGGCAGGUAAACGGUGACAAGAUUUGAAAACAAAUCUGGAAGUUUACCUUGUUAACUAGAGCCGGCACCCAAAUUACAUGUUAGUUGCGGGACUUAUAUGGCUAUGCUAGAAUUAUGACUCUUCAUUCAUUCCUACUUACUAUGUCUUCACUUGAGUUACACAGGGUUCCUUUUUUAUUUUCUAGUGGACUCCGUAGGAAGUUAGAACCAUACACUGAUACUAUCUUCUUUAUAGACC